AUGUCUUCAAAGUGGAUUUUAAUAACCACAUUGUGCUAUUUAUUUAUUAAUAUUUCUAAAGCAACACCUCGUAACGCCAUAUUGAUGUUAGCUGAUGAUGCAGGAUUUGAAAUGCGUUCAUACAGAAAUAAAAUUUGCCAGGCUCCAAAUUUAGAUAAAUUAGCCAAAGAAGGAUUGAUAUUUAAUAAUGCUUAUACUUCAGUCAGUAGCUGUUCGCCUAGUCGGUCGGCAAUAUUAACCGGUCUACCGAGCCACCAGAAUGGUAUGUACGGAUUACAUCAAGGCGUCCAUCAUUUUCAAUCAUUUGACAAUGUUCAGAGUCUUCCGAAACUGUUGAAACAAAAUAAUAUUCGAACAGGAAUAAUUGGGAAAAAACACGUCGGUCCAAGUGAAGUAUUUUCAUUUGAUUAUUCACAAACUGAAGAAAACAACUCAAUAUUACAAGUCGGUCGUAAUAUUACUAAAAUCAAGCUGCUAGUUCGUGAAUUCUUGGCAGAAAGCAGAAGAACAAAUCAAUCCUUCUUUCUUUACGUAGCUUUUCAUGAUCCGCAUCGUUGCGGCCACACUAAUCCAGAGUACGGUAAUUUCUGCGAGAAAUUCGGAAAUGGAGAUGUAGGAAUGGGUACUAUACCCGACUGGAGUCCUAUAUACUAUCAAUGGGAGCAGGUCCAACUUCCAUACUUUGUCCAAGAUACAGAAGCUGCAAGACGCGACAUAGCGGCUCAAUAUACGACUAUUUCGCGACUUGACCAGGGUGUUGGGCUAGUCUUGAAAGAACUUGAGGACGUUGGGUUGAAAGACGAUACUCUGGUUAUCUAUACCUCUGAUAACGGGAUACCUUUUCCUAAUGGUCGUACUAAUUUGUACGAUCCCGGCAUGGCUGAGCCGAUGAUUAUUUCAUCGCCGUAUCAUAAAGAUAGGAGGAAUCAAGUUACUUAUAGUAUGACUUCGCUUCUUGAUAUCGCUCCUACUUUAUUAGAUUGGUUUAAUGUAAGUUAUCAAGCGGAUCCUUAUAAUUAUGAUACUCAUGAGAUAAAGUUGACUGGUAAAUCUCUCUUACCGCUUUUAGUUGAAGAACCUGUAGAAAAAGAUGGAAUAGUAUUUGCAAGUCAAACUCACCACGAAAUAACAAUGUACUAUCCAAUGCGUGAUUUACUAAAUCGAACUCGCUCAAAUAUGCCGCUGAGGUGGACUAAAAGCUUAAAUACUUAUUACAAUAGACCCGAGUGGGAAUUGUAUGACUUGAAAUAUGAUCCGGAAGAGUUGAAUAACAUCAUUAAUAAAUCAUCCAGCCAGCCGAUUUUCAAAGAAUUGUCAAUGAAAUUAUUCGACUGGCAAAAAGUAACUAAUGACCCGUGGAUUUGUGCCCCUACCGGAGUCCUCGAGCCUAUCGACGGCGAUAAAAAUAAUUUAAGAUGUAUGUCAACUGAUUUUUAA